AUGAGUUCAAAUAGUGGGUCAUUCAGUGGAUCAUCGUCGUAUGAAAGUUUUGACAUUUCGCAGUACGGAAAGUUUUUGGAUGAAUUACAAAGACAUGCAAGCGAAUUAUGGGAAAUGACACUGUGUCAUACUCCUACUUCGAAUACAGUUGAACUGCUAAGAGAGCAUAUGGUGAUUCGAGAAUCCUUACUGGAAAUCGAAACUAUGCAAAAAAAUUUCUCACGAAAAUCAGAAACUGCUUUAACAUAUUUGGAACGGCGUAAAGCAGCUCUAGCAAAUUUUCUACAGUGGGCCAAUAUGGUUGGAAUUUCUCAUUGCUCUGUAAAAAUUGCAUAUGACGAAGAUGUGGAUGGAUUUGGUUUGGUAAGCUCAGAUUAUGUUACGGUUGGAUCAGAUUUGUUAAGAGUUCCUCGAAGAGCAAUCUUUUCAUUGGACCAUGCUCGACGAUCAUCUUUCUUAAAGUAA